UGGCUGCUAGCCUGUGGGUUAGCUAAGCUUCUCGGGCUCAGCUCCAGUGCAGUCUUCUUCCCUUCCAGUCGGAAUUCUAGAUGGCCGUUUUGUGAAUAAACUUCUGGGACACCCUGAUUUAUAAGUUUAUGGCCUCAAGUUUGUCCUGCCCAUGAUUGGAGAGAAGUGACGGGAGAUUUAUAUUUUGACAAAGCCCUGGAUGAGACUAGCAGAAGUCGUAGUGAUGCCGAGAGUAGAAAAUUGUGCAAGAAGAUGAAAGUUGACCUGAGCCCAAAGGACAAAAAGGUUGAAUUAUUCCAUUACCAGGAUGGUGCAUUUCAUACUGAAUAUAACCGAGCUGUGACAUUUAAGUCCGUAGUGGCCUUUCUGAAGGAUCCAAAAGGGCCCCCACUGUGGGAGGAAGAUCCUGGAGCCAAAGAUGUUGUCCACAUUGACAGUGAAAAGGACUUCAGACGGCUCCUGAAGAAGGAAGAGAAGCCGCUCCUGAUGAUGUUCUAUGCUCCCUGGUGCAGCAUGUGCAAGAGGAUAAUGCCCCAUUUCCAGAAGGCCGCGACCCAGCUGCGAGGCCACUUUGUGCUGGCUGGGAUGAACAUCUACCCCUCGGAAUUUGAGAACAUCAAGGAGGAGUAUAAUGUGCGAGGCUACCCCACCAUCUGCUAUUUCGAGAAAGGACGGUUUCUGUUCCAGUAUGACAACUACGGGUCCACAGCUGAGGACAUUGUGGAAUGGCUGAAGAAUCCGCAGCCGCCACAGCCCCAGGUCCCCGAGACUCCCUGGGCAGAUGAGGGCGGCUCCGUUUAUCACCUGACCGACGAAGACUUUGACCAGUUUGUGAAGGAACACUCCUCUGUCCUCGUCAUGUUCCACGCCCCAUGGUGUGGACACUGUAAGAAAAUGAAGCCAGAGUUUGAGAAUGCAGCGGAAGUCCUCCAUGGAGAAGCAGACAGCUCUGGUGUCCUUGCAGCUGUCGAUGCCACUGUGAACAAGGCCUUGGCAGAGAGAUUCCACAUCUCCGAGUUUCCUACAUUGAAGUAUUUUAAGAACGGAGAGAAAUCCGCAGUGCCUGCGCUCAGAACAAAGAAGAACUUUAUUGAGUGGAUGCGAAACCCUGAGGCCCCGCCACCCCCGGAGCCCACCUGGGAAGAACAGCAGACCAGCGUGUUGCACCUGGCAGGGGACAACUUCCGGGAGACCCUGAAGAAGAAGAAGCACACCUUGGUCAUGUUCUAUGCCCCUUGGUGCCCGCACUGUAAGAAGGUCAUCCCACACUUUACCGCCACCGCCGACAUCUUCAAAGAUGACCGAAAGAUUGUCUGUGCUGCUGUGGACUGCGUCAAAGAGAAGAACCAGGACCUGUGUCAGCAGGAGGCCGUCAAGGCCUACCCCACGUUCCACUACUACCACUAUGGGAAGUUUGCAGAAAAGUAUGACAACGAGCGGACGGAACUGGGGUUUACCAAUUUUAUUCGAACGCUCCGGGAAGGAGACCAUGAGAGACUAGGGAAGAAGAAGGAAGAGUUGUAAUUUCUGCCUCAGAGAAAGCUUUUCCAUUACACUGUGAAUGAUAACCUGUUUUGUUGUUCCUUCUGAAUUUCCACAUGUUCUGAAGACAAAAUUUUUUAUAGCCGCUUAUGGCCAUUUUGUACAAUUUUGAAAUAAAAUCAAACCAAUUGUUUGGUGGUGUGGGUCAUUUCCACAGAGCCUGUACUGACAGAGAUGGAGAGGUGGAUGCUCGUGUUGUCCCUCAUGGCACGUCCCCUCCUGGGAGGUAGAGAGCCACACGCCAGUGUCCCAUCUGCCCGGGAGAGACGCAUAAGGGCGGAGAGUAGGCACCAGGAGGGUGGCAUGGAACACUGCCCUUCUCAGCCAUUGGAGAGCAGAACGGGGAGAUCUGACCACAGCAUAUCCUGUUGGAAAUGACUGGUUUAGGGGGGAGAAUAUGUUAAGAUAAUCAGGGAAAAUGAGAUGCCGAAGCUAACGGUCACCAAGUACUAGCUUUUUCUGGAUCAUUUCAGUUUGAGUUUGGGUGUGUUUUCCUGGAACUCAUUUACAUGUUUCUCUUCAACUAUUUCUGUCUUCUCUUUUCCUCUCUCCAGUCCCUCCGGGCUCUCCUUCACAGAAAAGCUGAGUCUCCAAUUCAGGGCUGAGUGCAGUGGGCAAGCCCAGGCUCAAAGGAGCAUCUAGAAUGGAGUAGGGGAGGGGCCUCUGUGCUGCUGCUUGCUCUGCACACCGGGAGGGGCAGACGUGGGUGGCAUAUUCUCCGUAGGCAUGCAGAUGCUGGGUCAGCCUCCCCUCACCCUGCCACAGUAACCUCCAAACGUUACUCCCAUGUUCUCUGUGGAUGGGCAUCACCCAGGCUCCUGGUCUACCCUGACAUCUCACUCUGCCUCCUUCCUCCGUUCCAUCUCUCUCCUGACCGGCUUUCACACCGGUCGUGCUUUCUACAUCUCUGGGUGACUUAACACCAGCCCUGUGCCCAUCAGUGCCACCAGAGACGGAGAACCCUGUGAUGUGUCUUGUCUGCCCACAGGGAGCAGAACAGCCCCUGCUCCCUCUGCCUUGACUUGACUUCUAAGCCUCUGUCCUAGCCUUGGAUUUGGGCAGUUCAGAGGAGGGGUUGCCUAAGCUGCAGUGCUUAGCUGCUCACUUGUGUGGUUCUGUUGGCUACUUGGCCUUCAGGAACAGCUGUGUUUCCUAGCCUGGCCCCCUCCCAGCGGCCUCCAGCCUUCCUGCUGAUGGGUCCACUAAGAGGAGGACCAACAGCACAGAGCCGCAGAGCUCCUCAGGGCUGUGCUGACAGGUGCCAUGGCUCUGUUCGGUGAAACUGGAGGUUCUCAGUUCCCCAGUCCACCCCCUGCUGCUUCAGCCUCGCUUUUUUUCUCCUAAGCACACACUUCCUCAGCAGUGGCAGUGGGUCUCGCCCCAAGUGAACGGGCAUGAAAGAAAGAAGCAUGCAUAUAAACACUUGUCCUGAGCUCCUGCUGGGUACUGUACGCAGUCAUACGAGGAGCCACAUAAUCCUGACACUGUCGUGCACCCGUUCCUACAAGGGGCUCCUGAGAGCAUGUGCAUGCACAGACAUGCUUUUCCCUAAUGCUGAUUUGGAGGCUUUGCAGGAGGAACGUAUUUGCUUGUGUUUUCAAAAAAAUUCGUUUUUAACUGUAUCUUUAGAACAAUACCUGACAAAAGCCACUUCCCGACUGAGGACUGCUGGUGCCCACCUUCAAGGUGCGGGGCUUUCUUUUAGUCUGUUAGCCUCAAGGUCAGAUUGGCCUGGCCUGGCUUCUCGGUGAGGGCUCGAAAGCAUCAGGAAAUGGCAUCCUCUUCACUUCUCUGUUUGCAGGAUUUGAUAAUUAUAGGGCUUUGUCAGAAUGUCUAGUGCUUACCAUGACUUUGGGCAUGACCUGAAUAAGUUCACCCCAGCUCUGGGCAGUGGCCUCUAUGGACAGAGCUCCCUACCUCUAUUCCCCACCCCCAGCCUCGUCUAUGUACUCUUUCUCAUCCUUCACCCUCAUUCCCCAAUUCUGGAGCUCUGUGCAGAUGGAGCAGUACCAUGGCAUCUAGUUAGUUCUGUUCCUCCUGCCCACACUUGUUUCAUAUGGAGUUUGUUGAUCUUCAGUGCCGACCCCUCUCUACCCCUCGAGGACCUGCUGUCAUCUCACCCCCCUCUCUUCUCCUGGAUCCUGCAUUUGCAGGCAGAUUUCUGUGCAGGAGGUGUCUGUGAGUUAGGGGAGAACUGAGUCCCAGUCUUUCUGGGCUUUGGCAUAACCUUCACCUCAAUUUCUCUCCUCCUCCCUGGUUUGCCUUAGCUUCCCGCUUUACUCGCGUCCCCCGUGCCUCUCGCCCACCAGUGAUUCCCUAUUGCUGCCUGACUGGAGCUUUCAGAGCUGGCCCCGCAACCUUUCUUAUCCUUCCCAUGCUACCGCCUCCCUUUCUAGAGGUGCUUGGCUUCCAGAAACUUCUGUGCCAGGCACAGGGAGGUGAUGCUCUGGGUUUAAGAAGUGAUGUGUGUGUUUUUGUGUUUUAUCUCAUUGUGGUUUUGACUUGCAUUUCCUUAACUAUUAGUGCUGUUGAGCAUCUUUUCAGGGCUUUUUGGCCAUUUAUAGAUCUUCCUUGGGAAAAUGUCUUUUGCCCAUUUGCCAAAUGGGUUGUUUAUUUUUUGUCAUUGCUGUCUUACAGGAGUUUUGUAUAUUUUCUAGAUAUGAAUCCCUUAUCUGAUCUGUGAUAUGCAAAUAUUUUCUGUCAUUCUGUGGGUUAUCUUUCCACUUUCUUAAUAAUGCCCUUUUAUGCACACAAGUUUUUAAUUUUGAUGAAGUCCAGUUUAUCUGUUUUUUCUUUUGUUGUCUGUGCUUUUGGUGUGUAUCCAAGAGAUCAUUACCAAAUCCAAUGUCCAAAGCUUUUCUCCUAUGUUUCCCUCAAGAGUUUUAUAGUUUUAGGUCUUAUGUUUAGGACUUUGAUCCAUUUUGAGUAAACUUAAAGUAAGAGUCCAGCUUCAUUGUUUUACAUAUGGCUAUCCAGUUUCCCCACCACCGUUUGUGGAAAAGACCAUUCUCUUCCUAAUUGAGUCUUGGCGCCCUAGUCAAAAAUCAUUUGACCAUAUAUGUGAGGGUUUAUUUCUGGGCUUUCUAUUCUAUUGCGUUUGCUCUAGAUGUCUGUCUUUAUACCAGUAACCACGGUUUGGAUUACUGUAGAUUUGUAGUAAGUUUUGAAAUUAGGAAGGCAGAUUCCUCCAACUCCAUUCCUCUUUUUCAAGAUGAUUUUAGCUGUUCAGGGUCCCUUGAAAUUCUACAUGUCUGUGCCAUUAAUUAUGUGUGUAAUUUGCAAAACCAACACUGCAAUCAAAAUGCAAAACUAUCCCACCAUUACAGAGAUUUCUGCUGGGUCCCUUUAUGUUUACUCCUAUUCUCCCCUCCUCCUCACAAACGUUGGCAACCACUAACUUGUUUUCCAUCUCUGUACUUUGCUCAUUUGGGGAAUGUUAUAUAAAUGGAAUCCUACAAUAAAUAAUCUAUUAAGAUGGACUUUUCUCACUCAACAUAACGUCCUUGAGAUCCAUCCAAAUUGUAUGUAUCAGUAUCUUGUUUCUUUUUAUUGCUGAGCAGUAUUCCAUGGUAUGGAUGGAUGUAACACAAUUUAACUAUUUACCUGUUAGGGAAUGUUUUGGUUGUUCCCAGUUUGGGACCAUUACAAAUAAA